AUGGGCCUGAGCUACUCCAGGGCUCAUCAUAAGGUGACAAAAGUGGCACCAGUGCAAACCAAAGAGGAGGUGCCUACUUCUCCUUGCACUGCUGCGGUGUGUGGAUUUCACAAUACCCUGGAAGAGAGACGUUUAUGCUCCUUUGCAGCCAUGGAGGAGAGAAAUCCAGUGUUUCAAAGGCAGCUUCCACCCCUAAGAGAAACUCUGUAUGGCAGAUGCUCCACAGUGCCCAGACCCAUUUCUUUUGACAUCAUGAUGGAAACGGGAGAAACAAGUAUUAUUAAACAGCAUCCACCUCGAAGACUCCAAAAGCUGGAACCCGCUGACCUUCCACAAGUAAUCACUUCUGAAAAGCUCCUCAGCCAGCAGGAAGGGGCAGCAGCCCGAAAAGCAAAGGAGCUGGAGAAGCGAGUGCAAACUGCAAAAUAUACGUCUGGAAGACGACAGCACUUACACAAGCUGCAGAUGUUAGAAAUGAACCGCAAGCGAGAAGAGAUGAAUCAUUUACAAAGCCAGGAGGAACUGAAGAGAAGUCUUCACAGGGAGGAAAAAAUCAACAAACAAAAAACGAGGGAGCUCAAGGCUAAGAAAGUCCUCGAAAAUCUUCAGAGAAACAAUUGCUCUGAAGGUGAAGACCUUGUCCCCAUUGAGCAUGAUCAAACUUUUAAUGGAGACCAGGGAAAUACAUGGGAUGGAGAAUUCUUGGAGCGACACGAGAUGGCUGAAUCCUAUCCCAGCCAGAGCAGUAAAGUGGAAAUGUGGUUCGUAAAGCAUCAGGAGCCACAAGCUCUAUUUUGGGACAGCUCUAGCACUGACUCGGAUGACUGGAAAAGAGAAGAGAGGAAGCUGGGUCGCAGACCUGCACUAGUGAGAACCAAGACGGAGAGAAUCCCUCUGUUUGAUGAGUUCUUUGAUAAGGAAUUCUAG